AUGCCCACUAACUUGGGAAUCGUAAAGCCUUCCGCAAAAGCAGUUCAAGCACUGAAAGCUCUGUCAUUCCCAAUAAUAGAUAGUCAUCAUCACUUAUGGGACGUUACUGGAACAACUCCCAGAAUCCAGGGGGCAUGGGCAUCGUAUGAUUUCAAAAAACAUGGAUUUGAAGCACCAAAGACACCUCGAGUUCCCAAAGUUGCGGGAGCUGCCGAAGCCAUGUCUGAAGAGGAUCUGACUGCAAUGACUGGUGUCAUUCUCAACACCUUCGGCUCUACCCAGGCCAUUUUCAACAAUUUCUUGAAUGAAGACUUGAUUGCUUUUGCUGAAGAGGAAGCUGGCGUCAAACUUGGAGCAUCAGUCUAUAUUGAGUGUGGAUGGGGAAUUCAUGAGCCAAAUGCUCAAGCUCAAGAGACCAAAUACAUUGAAGAUAUGUCAUACAAGACUACUGGUGGAAAGAUCUCUACUGGCAUUGUUGGACAUACAGAUCUGUUCAACAACACUUUGGAGGCCACUCGCGAAGAAAUGAAGGCUCAUGUAGCAGCAUCUGCUCAUUUCCGUGGUAUUCGCUACCAACUUGCUCAUCCUGGAGAACGACCUGGCAUGAUGCCAUCCUGCCCGCAAGAAAAAAUUGUUCAUAAUGAAAACUUCUUGAAGAACUUUGCCGUGCUAGAAGAAUUCAAUUCCACAUUUGAAAUCUGGUGCUACGGACAUCAACUCCAAGACGCUAUUUUCUUGGCCAAUAAAUUCCCCAAGACUCAAUUUAUUUUGGAUCACUUCGGAACUCCUAUCGAUAUCGCAACCAAGCAAGAAGUUUGGGACGCUUGGGUCAGAGAUUUCACAGCCUUGUCCAAGUGCCCCAAUGUUGUUGUAAAGCUCUCUGGCUUAAUGGUUCAACUUGGAUUUGACUUCCAUAAACGAUAUCCAUGUGGAUCAAGUCCUGGACCCUCAGCACAAGAAAUCGCUGCUUCGCGGUUUGGAGAUAUGACACGUCUUGCUAUCAAGCUAUUCAAAGCUGAGCGAUGCAUGUGGGGCUCCAACUUCAGUGUUGACUGGGCCUCGGCAAGGUUUGGAGAGCUACUAGCAGCGUUCGUGAUAUGUUGCCAAGAAGCAAACAUGAGUCAAGCUGAUUUGAAGAAGGUUUUCCGUGAAAAUGCCAUCCGAGUCUAUAGCCUCAAGCCAACAACGUCACCAAAUCUAUAA